AUGGAGAAGAAGAAUGGAACAAAUAAUUUAGAGCAAAAUUCCAAAAUAUUAAUGGAGAUUGGAUUACAUAUUACAAAAAAUCCUCAAUUUGGCCUGGUGUCAAGUGGGUUCUCACUGAAGUUCAAAAUAAUUCAAGAUGAUGUGUUGAUAAACAAUCCAAAGAUUAAAGUUGCAGAUUUUCUUCAAAAUGGUGGAUGGGUAAUUCAUUCAGAUUAUUCAACUUUCUUUGGAGCAAAUGAACUUCCAGUGAUUGAUGAUAAAGGUGAUAGAAGGAUAUGGUGUGGUACUUCAACAGGUAAGUUCACAGUUGCUUCAGCUUAUGAACUAAUAAGGAAUAAAUUUCCAACAUUGCAGUGGACAAAACAAGUAUGGCAUCCAAGCAUCCACCCUAGCAUCUCAAGCAGUGUAUGGAAAAUAGUAAGAAGAGUGGUCCCAUCAGAUGACAAUUUAAAAAGAAGAAAAGUUCAAUUGGAUUCCAGAUGCCCCUUUUGCAAAAAUUCAGAAGAAACUCUAGAACAUAUACUCUGGUACUGUAACUUUAGUGAAUUAAUAUGGAAACGGCUUGGAAGAAUAUUCAACUUUCUCAAUCCUAAUUCUCUGGAAGACAUUCUAAAGUUAGCAAAAACAAAGAGCCCUUCUAUAAAGGAGGUUUGGAGGAAUGCUUCUUUAGUUACAAUGAAAGAAUUGUGGUUUUUGAGAAAUAAGGUGGUAUAUGAGAAUGCUGCAGUUAAUCAAGAAAAUUUGAAGAGAAGUAUAAUGAAGAUGGUACAGGACUGUGACUGCAUAAUGAAACAAUGUAUGUGGAACUCUUCUUAUGACCUAUAUGUUCUUAAAUUUUUCAAUCUCAGAUGUAGAAAGGUGAAAUCAAUUCAGGUACAAGAAAUUUAUUUCUCUCUCCCAAAAGAGAAUCAAAUUCUUCUAUGUUGUGAUGGAGCUUCAAAGGGAAAUCCUGGAACUGCAGGAUUUGGAUUUGUUGGAAGAAACAACAAUGGUGUAGUAAUAGUAGCUGCAUCAGGAGGUUUAGGCACUGCAACUAAUUUCUUAGCAGAAGUAGUGGCAGUGAUAUGUGCGGGUGAGUGGGCUAUCUCAAACAACCUUUUUAAUGUCAUCUUUAGAUCAGACUCAAAUGCCACUAUAUCAACUUUUAAAUCUGGGAAGUUGCCAUGGAUUGUUACAACAAGAUGGAACAAUAUAUGCUCCAAACUUCACUGGGAUUUUGUUCACAGUUUCAGAGAAAUCAACUUCUCUGCUGACACUCAAGCAAAAACGGGUGCGGGCUUGAAUAAAGGAGAAUACAUUGUUUAUACUGGAAGACCUCCAUUUCUCAAAAAAAUUGAAAUUCCAUUCUUUCCUUACUUUAGAUUCCAAUAA